CGAAGCGCCGCUAUUUCGUCACCGCGCGCGCUCGCUGACUGAAUUCUCUCCUCAGAAACAACAAAGUGAAGAUGUACGAAUGCUGAACCUAUGGAGGACUACCACAAACCAGACCAGCAGACCGUGCAGGCGCUGAGGAACAUUGCCAACCGUCUCCGAAUCAACUCUAUCAAAGCCACCACUGCAGUGGGCAACGGGCAUCCAACAUCAUGUUGCAGUGUGGCAGAGAUCAUGUCUGUGCUUUUCUUUCAUACUAUGAAGUACAGGCCAGAUGACCCCAAGAACCCCAACAAUGACCGUUUCAUCCUGUCCAAGGGUCAUGCGGCCCCUGUCCUCUACUCUGUGUGGGUGGAGAUUGGCUUCCUGAAAGAGUCUGAGCUCAUGAGCAUGUGUCAGGUUGACUCCACGCUUGAAGGACACCCCACACCUAAGCAGCAGUUUGUGGAUGUGGCCACAGGCUCUCUGGGACAGGGGCUGGGCGUAGCCUGUGGAAUGGCCUAUACCGCUAAAUACUUUGACAAAUCCAGUUACCGUGUGUUUUGCCUGCUGGGGGAUGGAGAGAUGUCCGAGGGGGCCGUGUGGGAGGCCAUGGCCUUCGCUUCCUACUACCAGCUGGAUAAUCUGCUGGCCAUACUGGACAUCAACCGGCUGGGCCAGAGUGAUCCAGCACCACUGCAGCACCAUGUGGAGAAGUACCAGAGACGCUGUGAGGCCUUUGGGUGGCAUGCUAUCAUUGUGGAUGGCCACAGUGUGGAAGAGCUGUGUAAAGCCAUAAGCCAGCCACGUCACCAACCCACUGCCAUCAUCGCCAAAACCAUCAAGGGCAAAGGCAUUCCUGCGGCAGAAGAUAAGAUGGGAUGGCAUGGCAAGGUGCUGUCGAAGGACAUGGCAGAGAGCGUCAUGAGAGACCUCCAGAGCCGCAUCCUCAACAGUAACAAGCGCAUGUACCCGGCUUCACCCAUUGAAGACACUCCACCCGUGAGUCUGCGCAAUAUCCGCAUGCCCAGUGCUCCCAACUACAAACCUGGAGAGAAGAUUGCCACCUGCAAGGCAUACGGGAUGGCCGUGGCCAAACUGGGACGUUACAAUGAGCGAGUGGUGGCUAUGGAUGUCGACACCAAAAAUUUCACCUACUCUGAAAUCUUUAAAAAUGAGCAUCCCAACCGCUUUAUUGAGUGCUACAGCGCAGAGCAGAACAUGGUCAGCGUUGCCACAGGUUGUGCCGCACGUGAGCGAAACAUCGUGUUUGCCAGUGGCCUGGCCACCUUCUUCACCCGCGCAUAUGACCAGCUCCGCAUGGCCGCCAUCUCAGACAGCAACAUAAACCUCUGCGGUUCCCACUGCGGCCUGUCUGUCGGAGAGGACGGACCGGCCCACAUGGCGCUGGAGGACAUGGCUAUUUUUAGAGCCAUCCCCACUGCCACCAUUUUCUACCCCAGUGAUGCUGUGUCUACUGAAAAGUCUGUGGAGCUUGCAGCCAACACAAAGGGGGUUUGUUACAUCAGGACCACUCGUCCAGAGACUGCAAUCAUUUACAACAGCAACGAGGACUUCCAUGUUGGCCAAGCCAAGGUGGUGUGCCAGAGUAAGGAAGAUCAGGUUACUGUGAUCGGAGCUGGAAUGACCCUCCAUGAAGCUCUGGCUGCAGCCGAGCAGCUCAAAAAAGAGAGGAUUUACAUCAGAGUGAUCGAUCCUUUCACAAUCAAACCCCUGGAUUCCAAAACCAUCAUCGACCAUGUGCGUGCCACCAAGGGUCGUGUCAUCACGGUUGAGGAUCACUAUUAUGAAGGUGGCCUGGGAGAGGCGGUGUGCUCCGCUAUCGUCAAUGAGCCAGGCUUCACUUUCCAGCGUCUGGCUGUCGCUCACAUUCCCCGCAGCGGCAAAAUGUCCGACCUGCUCAAAAUCUACGGCAUCGACCGCGACUCCAUCACACAGGUGGUCAGGAAGAUGCUCAGCAGCUCGGCUAAUGCCAAGUGAACCUGUUCGCUUUGCCCCGCCCACUCCACCCAAAUCAAUCAAAUAACCAGCUCCACAAACACUGUCACAUGACUCCUCCUCUUCAGAUUGUGGCCCCUCCCUCCACCUCGUUCACUGUGAAUGACCCCACUGUGAGUAUAAUAGUAAUGUGAGAUACUGUAUGUGGUGUACAUUUUGAAGUAACGUUCACAUUUAGUUUAUUUCCUUACAAAUACACUAAUAUUCAAUAGUUUGAGGUAAGAGUUUUAUUAUCAAUACUUUUAUUCAGAAAGGAUGCAUUAAAAUGAUUGAAAGUGACAGUAAAGCUAUAAUGUUUCAAAUAAAUCUUUUGAACUUUAAAUUCAUAAUGAAGAAAAUGAAUCUGCAAAAAUACUAAGUAGCACAAUUGAAAUGUUUCUUGAGCAUCAAAUCAGCAUAUUGGAAUGAUUUCCGAAGGAUCAUGUGACACUGAAGACUGGAGUAAUGAUGCUGCAAAUUCAGCUUUGCAUCAGAAGAAUAAAUUACAUUUUACAAUAUAUUUAAAAAGAAAACUGUUCUUUUAAAUUAUAAUAAUAUGACAGUUUUACUGUGUUUUUGAUCAAAUAAAUGCAGCCUUAGUGAGCCUAAGAGACUUCCUGUAAAAAUAUAAAACAAUCCUCAGACUUUUGAACGCUAGUGUACAUACAAAUAUGCAUACAGGAGACGUUUUCUAGAUCUUUUCCUGUACUGACAGUUCAAAUCAACAUGAAACUGCAUUUAUAACCAUUUUUACUUGCAUAAUGUGACUCAAAUAAAAUGGGGUUUUCAGCAUGAAAUAUUAUAGGCAAGGACUUAGAUUGUGAAAAGAGUUGAAAUAUCGUAAAGACAAAUAUAAUGAUUUUAUGUUGAUUUGAAACUCAAAGUUGAAAGGUUAGCGACGCUAAGACGUAUUUUACACUAUCACCUCAGAAAACAUCGAUAUGCUGUACAACGUGACACUUGUGUUUUUAACUGUCAUUUGAUAAGACCCAACGAUGAAACUGUUUGCGACAUUAUAUUUUAAUACUUUUUAUAUUGUUACUGUGUAGCUAUGACUACAGGGCGGGGCUGGAUUUCAUGGGAACAGAUACGUGUGCGAAAAAAAAGGAUUUGAUGUUAGGUAUGUAGAGUUUAGUCUUAAGAAAAAGAAACAGAUAAUCAAAUGAGAAUGUCUGUAGGGUGCUUCGACUCAAAGUGUUCAGUAAAGUAGUAAAUGGUUGUCGUCUGUGAAACUGUUUGUAGUUUGAUCUCUGUGUUUACAAAGAUGGAGUAGCGUUUUGUGGUGUUAUGAGCAUGAAACAUGGUCGUUUUCUGGCCAGAGAAAAUGAGGGAUGGAUGAAACCAUCAGCGUCACUGGAACAUGCUGUUAUAUCUGAAAUAUGAACCUAAGACAAACACUUCCUCUGUUAUUUUUCUAUGUAUCUCAACAAGUGAUUGAUUAAAGCCCUCUGCAUUUGAGUUUGAGAGAUCAUGUGUGUUGCCUGUUUUAUUCACACUAAUA